AUGGCUGUCAAACCCACACCAAGCCCCACACCAAGAGUUGUCGAUGUGGUUGUCGAAGGUGUCGCUACUGAAGACGUCAUCGUCGAAGAUGUCGCUGCCGGUGACGUUGUGGCGGAAGAUGCUGUCGAUACGUCCAAAGCCAAUAACGAUUGGAUUUCCGCAAUACUCUUAUCGUCGUCGCAAGGGGCUUGUCCAAGUCUGAUCGGUGCAAGUCGUACGCCAGAAGCUGCCCCAUGGUUCAUCACGUGUUGGGUAUGGAUUCCAGAUGAGACCGUUGGACUGGCAAACAUCAUUGGAAUCGUAACGACGAUCCAUACACAUGGAAUAUUGGUCGUUGUGACAAGGCUCAAACCCGUCCGCCACUGUACCGUUCCGCCAGUAACAGGUAGUAUAAUCCUCCAUCAUAGGCACACCUCCAGUCAGAAUAAGAAGCUUCUCCUCAUGCGCGCGAAGGCACGGCUCUUUAACAAUGCUGUGCAUUCUACCUGCCUAUCUGAACGCCCCCGAGUACUUCAGGCAAGACUCACGAAUCAUAGUCUCCGAACUACCGAAGUCCAAUUGGCGCCUGACCGUCUGGAAGAACGCCACCGGGGUCGCUGCACUCUGUGGCACUCUCUUGUCAACAGUCUGUACCAGCAUCCCCUGGUUCUCCUAACGCCAAAAGUGACAAGAAGGAUUGCGACUCCUGAUAACACUUUCUUCGCCGGAUACGGCUAUGCAGCCAAGACUGUGGCUGUAUUGGGGGCCUGACUGCAGCCACAAAUUGGGGGCUGCCUCAAUGACCAGCUUAGGUCGAAGAUACUCUUGUCGAAUACCUGGACGUGGUUGUAUACAAAGCAGUUACUACCGCAUCGAGCGUCAAUCAAUGGACUCGUGGGGAUUGCAUGUACAUCUCAAUAACGUACCAGAACUGAAGUAAUGCUAUCGCGAUAUCGCAGUGGCUGGCUUGACGAAAGGAGUCAAAAGCAAACCUUAGACAAGCCCUGUUAUGAUAUGAUUGGCUCCACAACUUUAGAGCUGCCGUUGAUAGGCAGUUAUUAGCCUUGUCUGGGUAGGCGUUGGGU